UUCUAGGAGGGUGUUCCACAUGCAUCUUGUUGCCGCUGAGAAGACCUUCUCACCUGUCCUAAAUUGCCAUGGUUUGGAUAGCAGCAGGAUCCACCACAGGAUCAAGUCAGCCAUGAAGUUCACUGAAGAGUCUUGGGUCAACUGAGCCUGUUUCAAAGGACCGUUGGCACUGCAUUUUCAGAGGGAAGGAAAGCUACGAUCUUUAGUUGCUGCAAAACAAGAUUCUCCUCCAGCUACCUUAGAAAAACGUGUUCAAUAGCUUUCUACUACAGCCAACAGCUAUAUUGCAAAUCAGCAAGCGAACUUUCAACUUUUUGUCAGUUCUCCUGUCUUCGGUUGGCAUGAAGGAUUUAGAAUACCUGCAAGGACGAACCAUGUACAUUUUGCCACCUGUCCCUUGAAGUAUAUUCCAGGAAAUUGAUGUCUUUUUGUUCUCCCGUAAAGACUGGCAUUCGGUAUGUAAAGUCAGAUAAAGAUGACCCCACUCAGAUGGAGGUGACCCCACUCCAUAUGCUAUGGAUGGCUUUGCUUUUGGUGAUCAUGGGUCUGGCGCAACCGUCUGAGACAUCUCCUUGCUACAUUACCGAGGAUGAGCUUAAAGCCGUUUGCCAAGGCCGGAGCCUGUUCUCUGUCCCGCAGGAUCUUCCCGUCAAUUUGCAGGUGUUGGACCUCUCUUACAACAAGAUCAGACAGAUCAACUCGGGAGAUUUUUCAACUCUCACCCAGCUGAAAGACCUUGAUCUAAGUUACAACAAAAUCAUGUUUAUUGCAACUGAUUCCUUCUCCUCAAACAUACUUCUGGAGCAGCUAAAUCUUUUUAACAACUCGCUGGAGGAGAUUCCUUCGCAGGCUUUAACGCCACUGAAACAGCUGAGGGAAUUGUCUAUGUCUAACAACCUUUAUCCCCGUUCAACACUAGAUGGUACGUUCAGCACUUUAAAGAAACUGGAAGUGCUCUCUAUGGGUGGGUCUGCUGUCCGGACGAUAGCCAGUCAGGACUUCCUUUCAAUAAAGGAAAUUCCCUUGAAGAAGUUUGCCCUAAAAACAUCCUCCAGUUUGUUGGAGUAUCAAAAAGGAGCCUUCUCUAAGCUCAACACCACAGCUCUGUGGUGUGAUAUCUCAGUGGACAGAAACACCAAGGCUUUGCCUCUGAUUCUUCACGACUUGCGUGGAAAACCACUGCAGUACCUCCGUUUCCGAAAGCUUUUUGAGUUCAUGUACUAUAUGGAUACCUCAGAUAUCUUUUCUGGCUUGGCUGAGGUAGAAGCUAAAGAGCUGGUUUUCUUCAGGGGAAAAUUUAAUGAGAACUUGCUACGCUUGGCCCUCUUGAAUGUGCAAAAGUCUCUUAUUCGGGACCUUUCGUUAAUAGCUAUUGAUUUUGCUCGGUCACCUGAAUGGAAGCCGCCAGAGGCUGGCAUUGCCAACUUGACCCUCCGCCAUUUGGUGCUGAAGGAUAUCAACAACCCGGACAUCUUGCGUUUUGACUGGACCUUCACCUGGUUUGCUGGUGUGACUUACCUCUUUAUCCUCAAUGUCAACUUUAACUUUGUACCCUGCGAUGCCUGGGGUGAGAUGAGGAAUGUGGUAGCUCUGAAUGUUUCGAGAAAUCGCCUGGAGAACAACAACAUCUACAAUCAAGCCUGUAUUUACCAGGACAUCCUGCCCAAACUGGAAGACUUCAACAUGACUCACAAUGAAUUGGCCAGCCUGAAAACAGUGGCCACCAUGACCUCAAGCUGGAGCCAACUGUCUAAAUUAGAUUUGAGCCACAAUCUAAUUGGAGGCUUGAAUGAGUUUUCUUGUACCUGGACUCCUAGUCUUGUCUGGUUGGGUUUGGCUUACAAUGCAGUUACCAUGGACAUCUUUAAGUGCCUUCCCACCACAUUGCGUUUCCUGGAUAUGUCGUACUCUCAGUUGGAUCGGCUCGAUUUGGACUACUUCGAACGUGCUGUUGACCUCCAGGAACUGCUGCUGAGCGGGAACAAGAUCAAGUUCAUUCCCACAGAAUGGAAGUGCCCAAACCUGAGAAUCUUGCAUGUGGAUGGCAACUCCUUUGGGGCCAUCGGCAAGGGCUCCUUUGGCAACAUGCCGGAUCUUGCCUAUCUGAAGGCAGGGAACAACCCUUAUCACUGUGUCUGUGACCUGCAUGGAUUCCUUCAGGAGGUCUUGAGCAAUAGCAAGCUAACACUUCUGGAUUGGCCCCAUGGGUGGACUUGUUAUCAUCCUGAACCUCUGCUGUACACUUCUGUGGCAGCUUAUGCUCCAAGGGUGACUGAUUGUGACGUCACUGUGGUGGUGGCCAUUGCGGUCUCCAUCACAGCCACGGUGGUGAUUGUCUGCAUGGUGUUGUGUUGGAGGUUUGAUGUUCCUUGGUACCUCAAGGCCACCUUCCACAUUGUUCGUUCUAAAUACCGGGCUGGCCACUCCCAACCAUCAAAACCAUUUGCCUACCAUGCCUUCAUCUCCUAUAGCUGCUCUGAUGCUGAGUGGGUGAGGCGUGAGCUCCUCCAGCGGCUGGAGGCUUCAACACCUCCAUACCGGGUGUGCAUUCACGAACGGGAUUUCACACCGGGUCGUUGGAUCAUUGACAACAUCAUUGAGAACAUUGAAAACAGCCACAAGAUCAUCUUUGUCCUCUCGCGCCACUUUGUGGACAGCGAGUGGUGCAACUACGAACUCUACUUUGCCCACCAGCGGGCUGUGGGCUUGAGCUUCGAAGACGUGGUUCUGGUGGUAAAGGAGCCAAUUGAUCUGCAAGCUUUGCCCAACAAAUUCUGCAAGCUACGGAAGAUGCUGAGUUCCAAGACUUACUUGGAGUGGCCUUUGGAACCCAGUCGGCAGCCCUUCUUCUGGCUCCAGCUGAAGUCUGUUUUGGGGAAGGCUGAGAUGGUCCCUGUGGAUCCCCGCAAUGCAGAUCCCAAUGAUGAUGUUCUCAGUGACACUGAGCCAACAUUAGAUGGUUUGACUGACAGUACUCUUGAGCUGGACAAUCUAUCUUUGGAAAACAUCACUGUGGACACUCAAAUGAGCUAG